AUGUCUCAGUCACCACCUGCAAGUCAAGACUCAAUCUUGGACAGUCUUGAAGACUUGGAUGACUUCACAGACUGUGGCAGUGACUAUGAGGCUGAGAUGAAAAUAGCCAAACGUAAGAAAACAGCAGUGCAUGUCCCUCAGCCCCCCAAGAGACCCCGCCGUAAAGCUGCUUUGAGGGAGACGUCCAUUCCCAAUAGGAGCCACAUACCCACUCCUCGAGACAGCCCCCUGCAUCAGGCCUCCCGGGGGAUGUCCAGGCAAGCCAUUCCCAAACCUGUGACAAGAGUGAAAGAGGGGGACCAGGGCAUCAGUGCAGAGGAUAUCUAUAAUGCUGUCUGUUCUGGAAAGAGUGCCAUGGUGACGGUGGUGGACGAGUGGCUGGAGAGCUACAAGCUAAACCGAGAGGCAGGACUUCUGGUGCUUAUCAACUUCAUUGUUCAGUCCUGUGGAUGUAAAGGAGUGGUUAGCAGAGAGAUGUUCAGCUCCAUGCAAAACGCAGAGAUAAUCGGCAACCUAACCAAAGAGUUCAAUGAGGAUUCUGGAAGCUACCCCCUGUGUACUCCAGGCCCCCAGCUAAAGCGUUUCAAAGCCGGCCUGUGCGAGUUUGCCAGGCUUCUGGUGCGAUCCUGUAGGAACAGCCUUGUUUAUGACGAGUACCUCUUUCCCUCACUGCUCGCUUUGCUCACUGGUUUGUCUGAUUCCCAAGUCAGGGCCUUCAGACACACCAGCACACUCCUUGCCAUGAAGCUGAUGACUGGGCUAGUUGAGGUGGCAGUGGCUCUGUCUAUUCAGCUGCAGACCACCCAGCGGCAAUUUGACAUGGAGAAGAAUAAAACUGCACCUGACAGAGCCUCUGAGAGACUAGAGGAGCUGCAGAAUACCAUCCAUCAGCUCAAUGAGAACAGAGAGGAGCUGUCCUCUAUGAUGAACGCUACUUUUCGUGGUGUGUUUGUGCACCGUUAUCGGGACCGACUACCUGAGAUCCGUGCAGCGUGUAUUGAGGAGUUAGGAGUUUGGCUGAAAACUAACCCUGAAGACUUCCUCAAUGAUGGAUAUCUGAAGUACCUGGGAUGGACUCUGUUUGACAAGCAAUGUCCAGUGCGUCUGCAGUGUGUGCGUGCCCUACAGGGUCUGUAUCAAGAGAAGGAAUUCAUUGGCCGCCUGGAGCUUUUCACCAGCAGAUUUAAAGAGAGGAUGCUCAGCAUGGUGCUGGACAAGGACCCAGACGUGGCAGUGGAAGUGGUCAAUCUGUUGCUGCUGAUCCAACAGAGUCCAGAGGAAGGCCUGAAAGAGGAGGAGUGCGGCCACAUCUAUCCCCUUGUUUAUGCUUCACACCGAGGCCUUGCAUCUGCUGCUGGAGCUUUCAUUUACAACAAGAUGAAACUUUUGAUUACCGGUGAAAACCAGAAAAAUCACAGUGCAGCUGUCAUUCAGAUGCUCAUUGCCUUCUACAUCCAGAGUGAGUUUCAUGAGCAUGGGGCAUACCUGGUGGAUAGUCUGUGGUCUGUGGCCAGAUCAGAGCUGAAAGACUGGGACAGUAUGACUGCGAUGCUGCUCGGGGAAUCUGGUAUGAUGGAUGAGGAGGAGGAGGCUCUCAUUGAGCUCAUGAUAUGCGCCAUCAGACAGGCAUCACAGGCAACUCCACCUGUUGGGAGAGCUCAGGGCAAGAAGGUGACUCUGAGUAUGAAGGAUAAGAAGGUCCAGGAACAAGACCGAAGCCGCAUCACUACUCACUUCAUCCCUUUACUGCCGCAGCUGUUGGCCAAAUAUUCAGCAGAUGUAGGAAAGAUGACCCUCCUUCUGACACCCCUCUACUUUGACCUGGAGAUGUUCAGCAGUGCUCAGUGGCUGGAGAAGCAUCUGGACCUGCUGCUGGGCCAGAUAUGCGGAAUUGUGGAAAAGCACACAGAGGCCAAAGUGUUGGAGGCUUGUGCUCAUCUCGUCAGCACCCUUUGCUCUGAUUGUUACACCUUUUCUUCUCGUGCACAACUAGUGUUUAGCCAGUUGUUGGACAAUCUCACAGAGUGCUUCUACAGCUACUCAAGUGACCUGCUGCAGGGAACUGCAGAUGAUGAUGAUACAUACAGUGCAGCCAUUGCUAUGAAGAGGAUUGCAGCCUUGAGCACUGCCAAAGACCUAACAGGCUGGAAGCUGUUUGACACUUGUCUUGAGCUCCUGAAGAGCAUAAGUGGGCGCAGUGACAUGGAAACGGAGCUCAUGGUGGCAGUGCUAAAGUGUGCAGGUUUUCACCUGAUGUUCGCCAAAGCAAACGCAGUCAAUUCAACACCAACUGAGGCAGAACUAAAGGAUCUGAAGAGGAAGGUUCGUGGGUUCUGCAGAGCCUGUCAGAGUUGUCUGUCUGUGACCCAGUCAGAGAUCAGAGAUCAGGCUUUUGAGUUGCUGUGUGACCUGCUGCUGGUGUACAGUGUGGUGUCGGUCCGCUCUCAGCCUGAUCUGCAGUCUCUAGUCCACCUGCCCUCAGAUUCACUACGGUCUGAACUCGCUGCUUUCAUUCUGGAUUAUGUGUUCACAGACAUUGAUGAGGAGCUCACUGGAAAGGAGGAGGAGAUGAAGGUUGCCCUUCUUCAGAGGAGGCGUAACCAGCUGGUUGGCUACUGUAAGUUGGUCAUCUACGGGGUGCUGGACCUUUCUGCUGCCACUGAUGUCUUCAAGCACUACAGCAAGUACUUUAAAGACUUUGGUGACAUCAUUAAAGAGACCAUAAGCAAGACCAAGCUCAUCAGUCCUGUGCUGAGUGCAAAGACCGUCUGUCUGACUCUGCAGCAGCUGUUCUCUGAAAUGCUAACGGAGGAACGCAGCAGGCAGGAUCUUGGGGAGAUUAAAGAUUUGGCCAAGAGGCUUGCCUUGAGCUUUGGUAUUGAUCUGCAUCGUGUCCGUGAACCACUGGUGGCACUACACAUGAAUGGUAUACAUUUUGCAUUUCGGGAUCCACAGGCUGGUGAGGAGCAGCAUCCAAACGUGGCUUUCUUAGAGAUCCUCAGCGAGUUCAGCUAUAAACUUCUGUUAAAAGACCGUGAUACGCUGGCUGCCUUUAUGAAAUCUAUGUGUCCCAGUACUGCCCUCUCCUGGAUGUCAGUCAAAAUAUAUCAGCGUUCACUGGAAUCCCACUCCACAUCUGUACCCAAAGUGCAGGAGGGAGGUGUGGAAAGGACCGAUGCUGUGUCAUCACAUGACAGUCCUGUACCUAAACGCAAGAGGACCACCGCUCAAGGUAAGAUGAAUAGUACACCAUGGUUAGAGAGCAGCAGUAUCAACAGCAGCCUUCCCACCCCGGCCCUCACCUCCACUGUCCUGAGACAGCAACAUAAGCAGCCGGCCUCCAGUAAACCCAGACCAGCAGAGUCUAAUGUUGGCAGUGACUUCAGUGAGUCUGAGGAUGAGUUCUCCUCAGGGAUGCAGAUGCGAAAGGUGAAACAAAACAAACGCCGCCAGUCCAGCUCUGCCUCAAAUCAGCAAGACCUGAACUCCUACCUCUCUUUACUGUCUCUGACUGAGCGCGACAAUGCAGAGCAACAGCCUGAGAUUGAGGAUUUUGACAGCAACUCUGACAUUGAAUCUGCUUAUACACAGUCCUCCAUGCCUCACACUACAAGUGUCCUUGAUGAGCUCUUUGACUGAGAACAUGC